UUUCAGCUCUCAAAACAACCGCAUGUGCCAAGUGAAUACCACGUUUUCGGCGUAGGCUUAUACGCUCCUGUACUAAGACCUACUCAUCUUUUCUUUACUGCCAUUCAUAUGCAGCUACAAAAUCUAACGCGUCGUAGGCUGCUGUAGACUCCCCUUUAACCGGUCACUGCCCCUUUAAGGGUUACGCAGAGAAACCGGCCGAUGUAGGACGACUCCUCCGUGUGUCGCUGCGCUCUCUCGCGCUGCCAUCCUCAUCAUGGCCUCCAAACAGCCGCGGCUCCGACCGAGAAUGAGCACGAGCAAACGAGCGGUUCGCCCUUUCCUUCCCCGCGAGGAGACGAACAACGUCAAGCCGAAACAGAGGCACCGGUAGAGGGGUGCGCGCCGGGGGAUCAAGCCUCCGAGCUCAUGCCACCCCGGUCUCCUCGAUGUCUUCGUCAAAAGCCACUUACAGCCAUUUGACAAAGAGUGGUGCGAACCCGGGCGGUGGCAGUGCCGGCGGCAGAAAUAUGAACACGAACAGGGAUUAUUCUAUCAAUCUAUCGGUGCAGCAAGUGCUGAGCCUCUGGGUGCAAGGCACGACGCUGCAACAUUUCACAGAGAUGUGGUACUGGGUGUUCCUGUGGUGCCUCUUCUCCUCCCUCUUCGUCCAUGGGGCGGUGGGCCUGCUCAUGUUGGUUAUGCUGCAGCGUCACAGGAGGGGCCGUGUUAUCACCCUGGUUCUGGUCAGUGUGGGCUUCCUGGCCUCCCUGGCUGGAGGGGUCAUCACCAGUGCGGCGGUGGCGGGGGUCUACAGAGUGGCGGGGAAGGACAUGGCCCCCCUGCAGGCCCUGGUGUUCGGAGUGGGUCAGACCACACUCUCCGUCAUCAUCUCCUUCUCACGCAUACUAGCCACUCUCUGAACAGAUGACCCCUUCACACAAAUGGACUACCGACACACGACAGACAUGAGAGGAACGGGAAAAAGGACGGUCCUACAGCGUGAGAGCGACAUUCCCAUCCGGCCAGUUACAGAUGCAGUAAUGAACAGAACCGCUAGGUGAACUGCUGCCACGGUUGAGUAGUAUUUGAAGGAGAAAGAUAUACAGUAAUUAGGGUGAAGAUGAUGAUGAUGGAACAUGUUCCAGAAACGUUGAGAUGCAGAAGAGUGCUCACCUGUGUCCUUUGCCUGCCACAGCUGGCCCUUUCCCAGAAUUCCCUCUGCUAUGACAAGUGAUUUCUCCAUGCAGGCGUCUCUCCUCUGUGUCCAACUGUACUCCAUGAGGCUCCCCACCAGGUGGCACUGUGCUCAGCCUCCAUCAAGUCAGUGAGGCCACAUCUUGGAAUGAGACCCAUUUAUUUUUCGGUCUGUUCUGCCAGUGGCUGCAGGGACCUGUGCUGUAGAGGGAGAUGGUUUUGUCCCAACAGACUCUAGAAAGUUUUCUGUUGCACUUGGGAAAAGUAUGGAAAACAAAAAUGUACUUAAUUGUAAAGUUCAUAGUUCAUGGUUCUUUAAGAGCCGUGGUACACCGAGGACCAUUGCCAGAAGAUAAGAUGGACCUCUGAAGACCCUGUCUUCAUAUUGAGGUACCAGAAAGGUGGUUGACUGAACUAGCUUUCAGUAUUAAUGAACAAACCAACCACUGACCGUGGAAAUCCCAAUAACCAUUCCUUCUUGUAAUCUUUCAACUACAUCAGCAUUGUUUUUGGUUUAAUGCACACUCCAUGUGUUGUUUUCUUCAAGCGGAAGAGAGAAAAUUAUGAAUGAUUUUUACCAAAUAUUUUUUCAUGUUCAUGGAAUGUUGUAGAAGGUUGUUUUGUUUCAUUUGGUUUUUAGAAACUUACCACACCUGCAACAGACUUUCUUAUUGCUGGUUCUGCAGCAUUUCUGGUUCUGCAGGCUAUAGAACAAUGUGAACAGGGAACAAAGGCUCCAAAACCCCCAAAAUAUACCUGUAUGUAUAUAUGUAUGUUUUGGGGUGUUUGGAGCCUUUGUUCCCUGUUCACAUUGUAUAUACAAUGUACAAUGUACUAUAUGCUUAUUUCCCCCAAUGCUCUCCAUACUGUGGUACGAGCAGUGAGAAACUCUGUUGGGGGCGCAGAUAGUUUCUAGAAACCAAAAAAGUUACAACUCUAAGAACGUGUCUGGACCCCUGUUACAUGCCACUUACAUAAAAAAGACAGAAUGAGUUAAACAAUUGUGAACCAGUCUUCUAAGCUUUGCACUUUCUAAAUGUUGGUGAUCCUCCCUUACUGAAGAGGUGUCCGGAUAGGGAAGGUAGAUAACCAUUAUCCCUGUUAGAUAUUUUUCCCAUGCAAGUUAGACCAGUCCAGGUUGUCCAACAUGCUGAUGCAAUAGCGACUCUGGCCCACAACCCUGACUGGGUCAGAGAUGAGAUAUCUUUUGCUACUUGGUUUUUACAGGGUGUUAUAGAGGUAAACUUAUGUAUUGACCAAAGUAAUAGGGAAGAAUUUGACUGGGAGUAGAUUCAUUUCUGCUUGAGAAAGAGCUUGAGUAGGUAUCUGUAGUUAUGGUUUAAAUGUAUUAGUAAAGGGGUAUUUCAGGGUUUUGGCAAUGAUAAUUUUUAUAAACUUUUACAGUCAGAUGAAAUUGUGAAUAUUAUUAUACAUCUGCUGCAGUUUGAAAGGAGUUGCUAACUAGCACUAGCACGAUUGCUAAUUAUCAUUGCUAGCAGAUGGGCUACUCUAGACUUUCAGUAAUUGGGUUUACGCUAGUUAGCAUUGGCCUGUGAAACUACCUCUACCUUCCUUUCAACAGGACAGAGAGAAAAAAUAUAUAUAUCUGAUUCUGUAGAACAAGAUUGUUGCCAAAAUCUUGAUGUAUCCCUUCAAGGUUGAGAGGUUGGAAUCCUGCCGCUACUUGGCUGUUGUGGCAACAAUGUUGUCUGGACCCUAUAAAUCUUUCUUUAUAGCGCAAUGCCCGGGGAAGGUCAGAUACUCAGGUUGCUUCCUAAAUGGCGCCACAUUCUUUAUAUAGGGCACUACAUCGAUACAGGCUCAAUUGGGGCUCUGGUCAGAGGUAGUCCACUAUAUAGUGUAUGGGAUGCUAUUUGGGAGGUGUCCUCUGAGUCAGACGGAUACUGUUUUUGCUGAGAUGGCCAUUUUAUAUGGCUCUUUGCCUGCCUGUUAGGACUUGCCAAUCCACUGUGUAUGUUUUAUGUGGUUUGUUUAACUAAGUUUGACUUUGCAUAUUGCACUUACAACUAUCUGCCUUUUUUUCGCAGUGUUGUUUUAUGAUGGUUCUGGUCCCUGGUGGGUGACCCGUAGACCCAUAAUGGAUGUAAAUCUAGCGGAUAACUCAUUCACCCCCCAGUGAUGCCUGUGGGCAGCUACCCAAAUGGCACCCUAUUCCCUACAUAGAGCACUAAUAACUAUAGCCCUGUAAGCACCAGUCCAAUGUAGUGCACUACAGUGGGGUUCCAAUAGGGUUCUAUUCAGGAUGCGGACAGGUUGUAAAAGGGCUGCUAUACUUUUCCUAGUAAUGUUUUGAGUAAGAGAGAAAGGGUGCAGCUUCUCUUUGAAAGACAAUUUGUUUGAUGAUUAAAAUGUGAAAUGUGCUUAGUGGGGCCCCACGGCCUUAACAUACCAGACACACUGAGUUAUCAUCUCCAUGGCACCCUAUUCACUACAAAAGUGAACUACUUUUCCCCAUGGGUACUUUAUGAAAUAGGGUGCCAUUUGAAAAUCAUUAAUUCCCUCCUGGUAUUUAAGGUUUGCAGCUGCCGGUGGUUUUUGGCUUGCAUUUUAAUUAACUUUUAAAAGCUGUCAAUAUCCCAUCGCUUACUCACUUUCAUUGGUCAGUAAAUUACCAUGGGCCAAUCAAACAAGGUCCUUGGCUGCACCCUGGUAGACUGUGGGUGAAUACCGCACCGGGCUGGAUGGAAACAAAGGGUUUAUUUUAAUGCCAAAGGACUUUGUUCUCUCACUGGUUAGCUUUAUUUAUUAUGGAUUUCUUACUUUUUUGGUUGUUAUUAAUGCUGAGAAAAUAUGGGUUUUAAUUUCAGAACUGUUAUUUUUGCACAAUGGUCUAAGCUGUACUAAAAUCAUUUUUAAAUCCCAAGCCUCCCCCAAAAUGUUCACAUUUGCUUCAUUUUUGGAAAAUAAUACUGUCCUUAUUGUGUGAGCUAAUGGAGCGAUCUGACAGUGUUUUCUAGGUAAAGAAAUUGCUGUUUGUUCUUUUCUUCCAUAUAUUAUUUAUGUAAUUGGCCCCAUUAACCUUCAGUACCCAGUCAGACCACCAGAGGACACUAGUGUGCUGAGUAUUCAAUAAGCAACUGUACAGCAGCUAGUGUGGUAGGGUGACAGUGGAUUUUGUAUGGAAAAUGUUUUUAUAUGGUUACUUCAUAUUGCAGUUGCAUUUAUCUUUAUAAAGAAAUGGAUUGGAAACUCCUCUGUUUGAUUAAAAGAUAAAUAUUGAGAUUAAUUUAAUAAUUGUACCCUUUAAAACAAUCUAUAUUCAGCAAAUAUAAUUUACGGUCAAGUUCUCCCGAUGUACUGUAUCAUUAAAUACAUUAGAAUCUAUUGGCUCUAGUUCAGGGACCUAAAUGUGUGUAACCCCUGAUGCCUCUACACUGCUGUCAUAGCAACAUAAUUUAGAUCAGGGAUUCCCAACCAGGGGGGGUGUAUGCCUGAGCUUCCUAGGGAGCCCUAGACCUUACGUAAUUUGAGGUAAAUAAAUAACAUUUACUUCAAAUAUGUUGACAUUUUUAUGCUGAUAUUACAAUGCAAAGAAUUCGGCAAAAUUCCCCUUUAAUGCAAACACAGUACAUUUGACCAACACAUCUGAAAGUUUCUGUUGGUUAACCGUUGCUAGCAACCCAGCUGACAAUUCUGUUGAAGCACCCCCUGCUCCCCAACACCCCAACAAAAAACAAUACAACACAACACAUGGAAUGAACAUGGGGAGUGUAAAAUAGGGGGCCUUGGUGGAAAAAGGUUGGGAACCCCCAGAUCUUUCUGUUUGAGAGUAUGUAUAUGGUGCAUAUGACUUGAGUGUUGUUGAUGUUGUACUUGGUGUAUUUCUGUGUGGUUGUUCAUGUGAGUGUAAUAACAUGUAUUCAGUUGUUUUCUUUUAAUGGGGCCCGCAGUACAAUAAUCAUUGCGGCGUCUGAAGUGAUUGAUUUCUGAAGUGAUUGAGUCCUGAGCAAAAAAGAUUGGGGCACUGCGUGUCCAGGCAUGACGUCUUAUGGCGGGUCACCGCGCAACGUCAUGCGUAAUAACGGUGGUUAAGAAGCCUUUUUGUCCAUCUUAUCUGCCAGGGUUUCACAUCUACACUUAUGUCAGUGAAGGUCCAAGCAGGACAAGGCUGGGAUUUGAUUGGCCAGAUGUACAGGAACACCAUGAAUUAUGCAUCACUGUUAGGGGCCUGGUGUAUUGGUUGGUCGUGUCACAUGACCCAGAGUUUAACCUUCCCUUUUAAGCCUUUUCUGGAUGUGAGAAGUACACCCCGAGGUGACUGUCUGGUGGCGGUGGACCAUCUGACAAGUAGAAAAGGGUGAUGUUUACUUCAAAAGAAGCUUUAAGUAAAGGUUACAAACACGCUCAUGUUACAUGAUCAAGCAAAGAGCCCUGAUUAUUGUAGAUAGUUUAUGAAGUGUGAAUUAGAGACGGGCAUCAUCACACACAUGCCUAGUAAAUUCCCCAUGGACAGAACAUUUUAAUAUCCAUAACAUGUGCUCGUCCAUACGUUCUACUGCCCCAUUUUUCAGAACUUGAAUUAGUGGAAAUGAGUUGGAAGAUGAGGAUGAGUAAGAAUUGGGAUAUUUGCUUUUGGUUCUGUCCCUGUGUAAUUAUGGCCCAGAUGUGGCUGGGUAAUCCUGUGUACACUGCAAUAACUAGAGGAGCGUUCUUCAACGGGUGAUCCCCACAGUUUUAAAUACCACCAACUCCCGUAUGACUGUACGCCAGCCUGCUCUCUAAUCUGUUUUGUCAUGAGCUUACAUCCAAUCCUACCCCUGAUCCCGUGUUGUACAAACGACCACUUACACUCCACGGACGAGUCUGUGCCCUGUUAACAACUGCACGCGAAAUACCACUGGGACGCUGUGUAUGUGGUCACUACAUAGACAGUGGUGUGUGGAACACAUGGCACGUGUAGAUAAUGUAUAUGUUCUUUUAUAAUUUUGUACCAGCAAACUGCUGAUGUUUAUAACUUAUGUACAGAUGCUCUCCUGUACAGAAUCUGCAGUCUCUUGAAAUAAAAUGUUUUACAGUGAAA